GUAACAGUUUGAUUUGGUGCUGUGCCGUAGGCGGGCAACUUAUUCCGACCCUGGUCUCCAGGUAGCUGCGGGUCGCGUUUGGUGCUAGUCAAAGUAGACAUGAUGUCAAAUGUAGCAGCAGCUAACUCCAUUACACUGAAAGGCUCGGCUAACCUUUUGGUUGAUUACUUUUUUUAUGCCUUAAACAGUAUUCUCUAUCAACGUGGAAUAUACCCAGAGGCUUCAUUUAAACAAAACACAAAAUAUGAUAUCACCGUCCUUAUUACAACAGAUCAAACACUUCUUAGCUAUAUGCAUGUUGUAUUGGGUCAAGUAAAAACUUGGCUAGCGGAUGGUAGAGUAUAUCGCCUUGCUCUACUAAUCAAAGAAGUUAAAACUGAAGAAGUACUAGAAAGAUGGCAGUUCAAUUUGUUUACUGAAGAUACAGAUUCCAGUAAUCCAAAUGGAACAAAACCGUUAGCUAAGGUACAACGUGAAAUUCAAAAUGUCAUUCGUCAAAUUGUUGCCUCGAAUACUUUCCUACCGGUAAUCGAGUCUACAUGCACAAUUGAACUACUUGUGUAUGCAGAUAAGGAUGAAGCUAUUCCUCUUUUCUGGGAGGAAACUGGUCCACAGUUUAUUCCUGAUUCUGAAGAGAUUAAACUGCGAUCGAUUUCUACUACGCUGCAUAGGGUAGACCAUACAGUAUCAUUUAAAUGUACAAACUCACAGAAAGUUUGAAAUCAACACUGAAUUGGCCCUAUUAUUUCUUUUUUAAUGAGAUGAAUAUUUUUAAAUAUAAUGUAUUUGUGUAUGAGACAUCUCGAAUAUGUUUGACUUUAAAUUACAUAUCACAGUCAAAAAAUG